AGGAUGAAAACUAACACUAGAAAUAGAAUUAAAUGUCAUUAACAUCAACGGUCACGUAUAAGUCGAAAGGCAAAAGCUAUCAUGUCCUAGCAAAGAUAUACCCGUUUAUACAUAUCAGUGAAAAUUAUCAAUUGUCAGUGUCUGUUGUGUCAAAGUGUCAAAUUGUCAGAAUAAUUUUUGAAUGUCGCUCGAUAAGAAAUUCUUGCGGGUUUAGUUAUUCAAUUUGUUCAUCAUAUUUCCAUGAUGGAGUAAUCAUUGGUAUAGGUGAUGAACAUUAUCAUUCUAAUCAGAGCACUAGUGUCGCCGGAUAAAGAUUAAGGUUAUCUCUCAUUGUUAAAAAUCGGGCACUGGUAAUAAUUGUAAACAAGUUGGUCGCUUGAAGAAUUUAGCGCAUAUAGUUUUCGCAUGUGAUGGGAGAUAGAGACUGGAGACCGUUUAUUUAUGGCGGCUUGGCCUCGAUCGUGGCGGAGUUUGGUACGUUUCCAAUUGACACAACAAAAACCCGUCUUCAGAUCCAGGGUCAGAAGAUAGACCCGCGCCAUGUGGAGCUGCGCUACACGGGCAUGGUGGACUGUUUUGUGAAGACUUCUCGCCAGGAAGGAGUUAAGGCAUUGUACUGUGGGAUAUGGCCGGCGGUGCUGCGGCAGGCGACGUACGGCACGAUCAAGUUCGGCACGUACUACUCGCUGAAGGCGGCGCUGGGCGCGCGGCGCGCGGACGGCGGCGCGGCCGAGCACCUGCCCACCAACACGCUGUGCGCCGCGCUCGCCGGCGGACUCUCCAGCGCCAUCGCCAACCCCACUGACGUCCUCAAAGUCCGCAUGCAGGUCGCCCUCGCCGUACGGAGAAGCGAGUCACGGUACCGGCCGAGCGAGUCACGUACUCAAGAGAGUGGUGGUGCAGGUGGGCGACGAGAAGCGCAACCUGGUGCGGUGCUUCGUGUCGAUCUACCGCGCGGAGGGGUACGCGGGGCUGUGGCGCGGCGUGGGGCCGACGUCGCAGCGCGCGGCGCUGAUCGCGGCGGUGGAGCUGCCCGUGUACGACGCGUGCAAGCGCCGCCUGCAGCCCGCGCUCGGCGACGCGCCGCUCAACCACCUCGCCUCCAGCCUGCUGGCCAGCCUCGGCAGCGCCGUCGCCAGCACGCCGCUCGACGUCGUGCGGACGCGGCUAAUGAACCAAAGAAACGUGAAAGACUCGCGGGAGCCGACGCACAGGAUCUACCGCGGCACCGUCGACUGCUUCGUUCAGACGGUGCGCAACGAGGGUCCGCUGGCGCUGUACAAGGGGUUCGUGCCGACGUGGCUGCGCAUGGGGCCCUGGAACAUCAUCUUCUUCCUCACGUACGAGCAGCUGAAGCAGUUCUACUGAGGCUACGAGCUAUCAGAUGACAGCGCUCGUUGUGACGUCAUCGUUGCGUUGCUUUAUUCGUAUAGAAAUUGCACAUCGUUUGAUAUUUAUUAUACACUUCUAUGGUAGUCAUUUAAGCAUUAUAAUGAGAUUUUGUUGUGUAUAGAGCUGACAGUUCUGACAGAUGUGUCAUUUGUUGUAGGACGAGUGAACAUUGUAGAAGGGUGAGAUACGCGCCUGUCGAUACAUGUAGGAAAUUUAUAUCACCUUUUUGCAUGCUUAGGAUAAUUAGUGAAAUUUAUCUUGAUGUGAAGAAAACGUUUGUAACAAAGUAAUUUUUUGUCUCACUUUGACAUCAUUUAUAUUCGUAUGUUGAGGUACAUAGUACCGCCUCUGCCAGGUCAGUGCGCUCACUGGCUGCGGCUGUUUCUUAGUAAGUAGGGAUGUCGCGCCGCAAUACCUUUUGACAACUCCACUGUUUACUUGCGUGUUAGUUGAAAAUUAUUUCGAAUAAAUCAUACAAGUACAUAUUUUCUUUAUAAUAAACAUUUAUCGCAAUUUUCUUAUUCAGCAACUGCUUGCAUUUCUUCUAUUGCUUUUGUUUGCAUUUCUGGUUUACAAUUUUUUAUUUUCGAUUCCAAAAUAAUUGAAUAUUAGUCAAAAAACAAACAUUUCAUCACAUGAGUAGUGAUUAGUUGGCCAGCUUUUGGAAAACCGAUUCGAUACAAUGUUAAAUGUAGAGAUUUUGUGUUCCCAUUUAACAUAGAAUUAAAUGUGCCCCUUAUUUGUAAGUAGUACUUUUGUUAAUAGACAAUUAGGCAAUCAAUCUAAGUACUAAUACUCGAGUACAGUUACCUGUGGUUGACUUGGCACCCCAACUCAAACUUGGACAACUCAAUUCCUGGUACUGAAGAUUUUUGGUAGCCACUAAUUAAAUAUAAUGAAUUAACAAAAACACGACAUAACUUUAUCUGAAAAACGCUAAAAUUAGGAAUCGACACUUCCCUGAUUUUUCUACAUUUGAUCUUUUAUGUUUACUUUGUGAAGGUUCCUUUUAUAAUAAAGUUAAAGUAUGUAGAUGUAAGUGAUUGUGUUCAGAACACGCUAACUUAUUGUGUAAGUAUGUAUGUGUAUAUAUUAAGUAGGUACAAAGAAUCAGCCAAAAUAUUCCUGGAAUAAAGAUUUACAAUGUUAAA